AUGCCACUGACGUUGUCCACUGUUGGUGGUGUUGUACUGAUUGAGAUCACCGUCAGCUGUGGUGUUUGCAUGGAGGUACUUUGUGUCAUUACGGCGGUGGAGGAAAUUGGCCCUUCAGCAGUCGGCCUCCAUAUUUCAUUUGUUGGAGCGGUGGUUAUCGUCGAGCCACCUUGUUGUGAUGCUUCACCGGUGACUGGUGUGAGAACUGGGGCGAUAACUGGUUCCAGCUACAUCAUAAGUUUGUUAAGCUUUUGUUCUCCCACCAUUUGGUAUAACGGUGGUGUUUAUGAGAAGACUGGUAUGCCACUGACGUUGUCCACUGUUGGUGGUGUUGUACUGAUUGAGAUCACCGUCAGCUGUGGUGUUUGCAUGGAGGUACUUUGUGUCAUUACGGCGGCGGAGGAAAUUGGCCCUUCAGCAGUCGGCCUCCAUAUUUCAUUUGUUGGAGCGGUGGUUAUCGUCGAGCCACCUUGUUGUGAUGCUUCACCGGUGACUGGUGUGAGAACUGGGGCGAUAACUGGUUCCAGCUACAUCAUAAGUUUGUUAAGCUUUUGUUCUCCCACCAUUUGGUAUAACGGUGGUGUUUAUGAGAAGACUGGUAUGCCACUGACGUUGUCCACUGUUGGUGGUGUUGUACUGAUUGAGAUCACCGUCAGCUGUGGUGUUUGCAUGGAGGUACUUUGUGUCAUUACGGCGGCGGAGGAAAUUGGCCCUUCAGCAGUCGGCCUCCAUAUUUCAUUUGUUGGAGCGGUGGUUAUCGUCGAGCCACCUUGUUGUGAUGCUUCACCGGUGACUGGUGUGAGAACUGGGGCGAUAACUGGUUCCAGCUACAUCAUAAGUUUGUUAAGCUUGUCCGUGUCGCACCAGUUCCACUUGAAGGGUUUUGAGCAUUCUAACACUCCUAAGGUGUACAUGCAACCCUAG